GGUGCACCCUCCAGGAGGUUCUGUACGUGGCAGCGUCUGAACCCCACUCUGUCCUGCUCCUAACCCCGGACUGCCAACAGAGACUACAUCCUCUCAGUCCAGAGGAACUUUAGACCCUAACCCCAGAGACAGACUCAGGUUCCUGACUGACACACCAUGAGGAGGUUCCUGUCCUCGGUCCUUGGGGCUCUGCUCAUCUGCUGCUGGACGACGCAGGCGGAGAUCUUCACUUCAAUAAGCCAGAUGACAGACCUGAUCUACACAGAGAAGGAGCUGGUCCAGUCUCUGAGGGACUACAUCCAGGCAGAGGAGUCCAAACUUGCUGCUGUGAAAAGUUGGGCCAACAAGCUGGACGAUCUGACCCGGGUGUCCACCUCAGACCCUGAAGCCUACCUGGCCCACCCGGUGAACGCCUACAAGCUGAUGAAGAGACUCAACACAGAGUGGUCUGAGCUGGAGACUCUGGUCCUGCAGAGCCCGUCUGAUGGGUUCAUAUCCAACAUGUCGACACACAGACAAUACUUCCCAGACGGGGAGGAUGAGACGGGAGCAGCUAAGGCGUUGAUGCGUCUUCAGGACACGUACCAACUGGACUCUGAAGCGUUCUCCAGAGGGAAGCUGCCAGGUAUGCACUCCCAGGCGCUGCUGACGGUGGACGACUGCUUCGACAUGGGGAAGACGGCCUACAACGAUGCAGACUACUACCACGCCGUGCUGUGGCUGCAGCAGGCCGUGAAGCAGCUGGACGCCGGGGAGGAAGCUGAGGUUACCAAGUCGGACAUUUUGGAUUACCUCAGCUACUCCGUUUACCAAAUGGGAGACUUACCUCGGGCCAUCGAGCUGACGCGCCGGCUCGUGGCGAUCGACUCCAGCCACGAGAGGGCAGGAGGAAAUCUCAGAUACUUUGAAAAGCUGCUCACCAAGCAGCUCAAUGAGAUGAACCAGGAGUACCAACCAGCCUCUGAGGAGCCCAUCCAGCUGGGGACCUACAGCAGACCCAAAGACCACCUCCCAGAGAGAGAGACCUAUGAGGCGCUCUGCAGAGGAGAGGGGCUGCAAAUGAACGAAGCGAGGCGCAGCCGUUUGUUCUGUCGCUACCAGGACGGGAACAGGAACCCACGUCUGCUGCUGAAGCCCAUGAAAGAGGAGGACGAGUGGAACAGCCCUCACAUCGUACGCUACCUGGAAGUCCUCUCAGACGAGGAGAUCCAGAGGAUCAAGGAGCUGGCUAAACCCAGGCUUGCCCGAGCGACUGUGCGUGACCCAAAAACAGGCGUCCUGACCACCGCCAACUACAGAGUUUCAAAAAGUGCGUGGUUGGAGGCUGAGGACGAUCCGGUCAUUGAGAGAGUCAACCUGAGAAUACAGGACAUCACCGGCCUCACAGUGGACACUGCAGAGUUACUACAGGUUGCUAAUUAUGGAGUUGGAGGACAGUACGAGCCACAUUAUGACUUCUCCAGGAAAGAUGAGCCUGAUGCUUUCAAAAGAUUAGGCACUGGAAAUCGUGUGGCCACUUUUUUGAACUACAUGAGUGACGUUGAAGCUGGCGGCGCCACAGUCUUCCCGGACUUUGGAGCAUCGAUCUGGCCUCGAAAGGGGACGGCCGUGUUCUGGUAUAACCUCUUCAAAAGUGGAGAGGGGGACUACCGUACGAGGCACGCCGCCUGUCCGGUCUUAGUAGGAAGCAAAUGGGUCUCAAACAAGUGGAUCCACGAGCGAGGACAGGAGUUCAGGAGACCCUGCGGCCUCACAGAAGUCGACUGAACUCUGAUGAACGUGCAUUAACACUCACACAUGUACACACAAACACACAUAAUGUCUUAGACGUGCCUUAGCUCUGGUAGUUAAAUAACUCUCUGACUCUGAAUAAUUAGAAACCUGUUACCCCCCUCCUUAAAGAUCCUACAGAGACAUUCACUCUAAUGAAGAGCAUCUGAACGAGUCCGUCUGCUAAAAACUCAACUUUACACCAGGCUACUCACUUCAAAUACAAACACACUGAUUCAAGAUUAUUUCAUUGAUUUAAAUGAUUUCUGUUUACAGUUUUUAAAAAUAGUUCCAGUGAUUCCUCGACAGUUCAGUCAAGUCAAGCUUUAUUUAUAAAGCACAUUUAAAACAACCUCAGUUGACCAAAGUGCUGUAGAGUUAUUAAAAUACAAUAUAAUCAAACACAAAUAUAAUAAUAAAUAAAAACAGUCAAAGAAUAGGAAGAGCUGAAUUUAGAAAAAAAGAAUACAAAAAGUAAGAAGCCAAGGAUAAGGAUAGUUACAGUGCAUUUGGCCCAAGGUCUUUUAGUCCCCAGAACUACUUUCCCCUGAACUAAAAGGUUCCUGUGCCCCCAUUGUUGUCUGCGUUUCGACCUCGGGCUGAAGUCCCGGGUAGAUUGUGUAAAUCAGGCCAGUGACGUAUGGAGGAAACAAUAUCUUUGAAAUCUUAAUAAAAACUAAACUAGUUUGCAUUCCCAGGAACUCCCUCUGUGUUUCCAAGAACUUUGUAAACUCCACAAACACUGACACGUUCAACCGAAAGUCCCAGGACCUUUUAAAAGUACUACCCCACAAGUAGGGGCUUUUCAGGGGGGAGUUUAUCUACCCCUGAACUAAACUUAGACCCUGGUUCCUCCGGUCGAAACGCACGUAGUUCAGGGGUAAAGUUCCUGCGGUCGAAAAACGCCUCUAUCGUUCCAUGUUGAUGGAUUCCUCUCUGCCUGUUGAACAUGAACCUGUCCUCAUUCAGCUCUCAUUCUCUGAGCUCUGCUGUGGAUUGAUUUGACAUGACGUGUGAUCAGUUUGUCUCCUGGUGUCGCUCAUGUUAGUGAAAGUUAAUAACUGUAGUCAAGGGGGUUGGACCAAUCAGAAUCAAGCAUCUUACACAGCUGGAAGAUCAGUGAGAGAGCCGGGUGAUAAGUAAGGGUAGAAAGCAGUUGGAUAUGUGUUUUUAUAUGUUAGAGAAGGUCAAAUUAAGGUCAUUAAAGGUGCAUUCUGAAAUUUCUGAUUGUCCCAAACUUUUUGUGAGAAGUGUCUCUGAGGUAGAAAUUCCAUAAUUCAUCGUCUUAUUGGAAAAUAAAAAUCAGACGCUCAUUAGAAUAAACUGCACCACAUUUAGAUAUCAUGAAUCAUGCAAUACUGGAUCUUCACCUCUGCUUUAAACUGCAGCAACACAAAGAUGACACCAAGCUAACCUUCCUCAAAGCAAUAUCAGAAUUAAGUCUUCCCUGAAACUCAGCAGCUGUGUAUAAAAAAUACGAUUUUUAGGGAUGAAAUGUAAAAGUUACAGAGACGUCUUCACCUCGUUCUGCUCCACACCUGACGGAGAAAUCAGUCUCCUACAAACCCUGUCUGCCAUGUUUUUAUUAUUUAUAUAGUGUUUAAAUUAUUACACUGUUACUUUGUGUGCUCUUCAUACAUGAUGGCAAACAAGGGAGUCAAUAAACAGUGUCUUUAUGAG